ACCCAGCGUAUGUCACCAUCCAUGAGAAUCGCUGUGCUAUCGUGGAAGGUGUCGGCUGUAGGACCGGCCGAGUCGGCCGCCCCGAUAUGUAUCGAUGGAAGGUGGUCCCCUUUCCACGAUAGUUAUCGUGGAAGGCGAUCGAACGGGGUGGAUAACAUGUCUCAGGAACCAAGCGCUUCGGGAACCUCCACGCCGAGAAGGGGGACAACAACGCCAACCCGAGCAGGGAGGAGUGGAACACAUCCAGCCACCAGACCCGCAGAACAACGUCGCACCACAGGGACAACAGGAUGCACCGCAGGGACAACAAGAUGCGCCGCAGGGACAACAGGAUGCGCCGCAGGGACAACAGGAUGCACCGCAGGGACAACAGGAGGCGCCGCAGGGACAACAGGCAACGCCACAGGGACAGCGGGCCGCUCGGCAGGAGCAAGCGGGGCACAAGCUCCAGCGGACCCGCAGCCGGGGCCGGCGCUAGAGCAGCCCCAGGCGGCGCGGGCGGUUAUGGCAACACCCUUACAUGUGGUCCAAGAGCUGAAGAAGCAGUUAGGCGCCAUGAAGCAGGGGCGUACCACGGAUAUCAGGGAGGAUCUGGUGCGAUACGCAGGUCGACCAGUGGAGGCCUUCGACCCACAGGGCCCUGGCCCUCGGGGAGGCGCUGGUAGCCCAGGCAAGCAGAGAGAGCCAUCUCGGGAGCGGCCUAGUCAAACGGCUGGCUAAGGUUAUAGCUCAGUUUGUAAAGAGUCACAGAGCAAGAUGCCCAAGGCUGGCGCAACUAAGAGUAAAGCCUCUAGAGCCAACACGUAUGGUAAUAGCUUUAAAGGCAAGGACGACAGGCCAACUCGAGGCCGGGUGAUGAAUGCUUUAGGUGCCAUAAAGUAGGCCACGUUGGCAGAGAUUGUAAGGAAGGCAAGCCUAGCGCAUCGGAUUAAAUUGGUCAGAAUUUAUAUUUGGAAAUACUUUGUAUACAACAAAGGAAUGACAAGCGGCUUGAUUAUGGCUGUCUAUGAUGCAGAAAAGCUAUGUAGGCUCGCCGGUGAGGCUCGCCGGUGGGAAUGUCUCUUCUGAAUAAAGUGGUGAUGCAGAACUC